AUGGCUGCGUGAAGAAGCGACGAGGCUACGAGCCACGUUUUUGUGAAAGAUGUGUUGUUAGUCUCUGGUCCUCGUGUCGAUCAAGGUAAAGCCAAUAGACAUUUGAUCAACUUUAUUAACUGCUAACGUCUGGAAAGUUAUUGUAAGAGGAAACGUUUCAUCGAUAACUUCAGCUGAACCAGCUCGUUGUUGUGACCCGCCAAAAGCCACAGAGGUUCAGCGAGGAAGUGACCAUUUUGUAAACUGCUUUCGAUAACGUUAUCUCCGUGAGAAAGAAAUGAGUGGUGGGUUUAACUUCGGGCAGCCCUCUGCGGGCUUCACUUUCGGGGCUCAGAAGACCACAGCCGCAACGCCCGGCACCGGCUUUGGGCUGACAAGCUCCACACCUGCAGCCCCCGGAGGGGGCUUCACCUUCGGCACUUCUGCCCAGGCCAACACCAACUCUGCAAACACUUUUAGCUUCGGCACCCCAGCGAAGAGCACAGCAGCCGGCGGAGGAUUCUCUUUUGGUACCCCCACCACCACAUUUGGUCUGGGCACUGCUCCUCAAACCACAGCAGCAGCAGCAGGGUUGACUUUAGGCUCCACGGCAGCUCCAGCUGCGGCGUCAGGUUUCACCCUGGGCGGCAGUAUGCCCGCACAGACCACCGCUGCCGCCCCUGCAGGAGGGGGCUUCACCUUUGGGACCGCUCCUCAGGCUCAACCCCAACUUGCUGCAGCAGCAACAGCCGCACCAGCCACAACGACAGCAUCAGGUGGUCUCUCGUUUGGAGGGUUUAGUUUUGGAGCUACAAAAGUCCAAGUGACCACAGCUGCUGCCUCUACUGCUCCCACAGGAGGUUUCAGUUUUGGCACCAGUGCUCCUUCCAACCUCACCCUGGCCACGCAGCCCCAGCCUCAGCUCCAACUCCAGCCUCAGCUCCAGCCUCAGCUCCAGCCCCAGCUUCAGCCCCAGCUCCAGCCCCAACUCCAGCCCCAACUCCAGCCCCAACUCCAGCCCCAGCUCCAACCCCAACUCCAACCCCAGCUCCAGCCCCAGCUCCAACCCCAGCUCCAGCCUCAGCCCCAGCCAAUCUCCACUGCUGCAGCCAUGACAGGUCAGGGUGGAGGAUUUGCCUUUGGGAUUAAACCUUCAUCAACCCCAGCUCCUCCUGCGGCAACCCAGCCAGCCCCAGUUACAGGUCCCUCUCUCUUUGCCAUGCCUAUCACUACAGCACCAGCAGCUGCAGCGGCUGCUGCUGCCGCUGCUGCUGCCGCCGCCGCCGCUGCUGCUGCUGCUCCUCCUUCUGCUCCUGCUGCUACUGCAACAGGUACAGGCUUUACUUUGGGUGUAGCUCCAACUUCAGCAGCAAGUAUUGCUCCUGCUGCAACAACCACAGCAGCUGGUGGAGGUCUGUCUUUUAUGCUCAAACCUCUGGGGGCAGCUACUGCCACCUCCACCUCUGCCCCUGUCCAUGUCUCUACUGCCACAGCUGCAGCUGCCACAUCAGGUGCUGCUACAGGCUUCACACUAGGACUCAAACCAGUGUCUGGCACAAGUACCACAACAGCUGUCACAGCCACAACAAUCCCUACAACCACAGCUCCUCCAGUGAUGACCUACGCCCAACUAGAGGGCCUCAUUAACAAGUGGAGUCUUGAGCUUGAAGACCAAGAGAGACAUUUCUUACAGCAGGCAACUCAGGUGAACGCCUGGGACCGCAUGCUGGUGGAAAAUGGAGAGAAGAUCACAGCCCUGCAUAAGGAGAUGGAGAAGGUGAAGCUGGACCAGAGGAGGCUGAACCAAGAGCUGGAUUUCAUUCUGUCCCAACAGAAGGAGCUGGAGGACUUACUGUGCCCGCUCGAGGAGUCGGUGAAAGAGCAGAGCGGAACCAUCUACAUGCAGAACGCCGAUGAGGAACGUGAAAGAACGUACAAGCUUGCAGAGAAUGUGGACGCACAGCUGAAGAGGAUGUCGCAGGACCUGAAGGAGAUCAUUGAGCACCUCAACACAUCCAGUGGCCCAGCAGACACCAGUGAUCCACUUCAGCAGAUCUGUAAAAUUCUCAAUGCCCACAUGGAUUCUCUUCAGUGGAUAGAUCAGAAUUCAGUCCUUCUGCAAAGACGAGUGGAGGAAGUGUCCAAACUGUGUGACAACCAGCGCAAGGAGCAGGAGAAAACCUUUCGUUUAACAUUUGACUGAUCUGAAAUAAAUAUGUUGGCCUGUAUACUUUUUCAGUAGUCAUAAACAGGGAUGCUUUUUUUAGGCAUCAAGAUGUUUUGGAAUUGCAUUGAUCACAAGUCCUGUUAAACUGCUUUUCCCCUCAGCUGUUUGGAGUCUUUUGGGUUGCAUAAAGAUUGAUAUUUUCAAUGCAAUAGUUUUUAUAUAGAAUAGUGCAAAUGAUCAUUUCUCCCAAUGUAAAUGCUUUGCUUGUUCUAAAGAGUAUGAUUAAAUAAACCUUUGGAUUAAG